AUGGAGUAGGGAGGGAAAAAGGGAGGGAGCUGCAGAAACGUAGGUAAACCGGUGUGACACACUCUAUACCAAAUCUUGCUGUUUUUUACAAAGAACUUUCUCCGGCAGACGUACAAACUGUUGCAUAUUUUCAACAAGCGGGAAGAAAGCGCAGUGCCAGGAGACUACCAUGCACUGUAAAUUCACGCUGACGACAUUUCUGGACCACAUCUGCUUGAGAGAAGUAUAACCUUCCAGCUUUCAGAUGAUUAUAGAAGAUUUUGAAAACACAGAACAUUCAACUUGUCAGCUGAAUCAAAGAUUAAUCCACGGUACGGGCAUGUCGGAUUUUGGUGGAAGAACUGAAAAUCAUGUUGUGGAAAAGGUUCACGUUUUUGUUUUGACAAGCACGCAGCUUGAAUACAGCUUUACCUGCCAAAAGAGAGCAAGAUAAGAAGGGUUUUUAUUGAGGCUAUAAUUGCAGCGCUCCUGGAGUGGGCAAGGGUAUUUGCUCGCACAAAAGACUUCUGUUUUCUACAGAAACCAGCUCUUUGUGACACUGACUGGAUACACAGAAGUGAUUUAAGAGUUGUAUUUUAAGUGGAUUGAGGAAAGCUAUUAAAGUCUUACAAUGGAUGGUGACAAUUCAUCUGGGUCAUUAAUCCAUAUGUUAUUAGCCUCUCCUAGGUUUGCGAAGAGAGAAUCUCAGCAGCAAGCAGGGGAAAACGCGGUGCUCAAGUCAGUCCGGAAAUUGCACGAGGAUGAAACAUUUCCACACCAUGCUAACAUUGGUGAUAUUAAUGACAGCUGUAUUACUGUUGUUUCUCCAAUAGCCGAAAUUAAAAACGAAGUCGUGUCUGAGCUAACAGAUGAACAGACGAAUACUGAAUACUAUAAGAGGGAAGAGCCGCAGAGCCCCCAGGUUCUUACCUGGAGAAGACCUUUUUCUUCCUCACUUAAUCUUUUAGCAGACUCUGAUGUGGUCCAGGUCAGAAGAGUGGAGACCUAUAUUGAUGAUGAAAAUGGAGAGGAAGAUGGAGGUAGCAUCCUGCCUGGUGAACAGAAGGUCACUGAGAAAUCUCCCGACCUGGAUGAAGAGACCCUAAAGCAGGACUGGGAUCUGCAUCAUCAUGAAAGGGAGAGUGAUGUGUCUAAGACAGAUUCAAUACUACUCGCCCUCACGGAUAAAAGUGUUUUGGAGGAGACAAGAGGAAAUGGAAUAUCUGUUCUGAACAGGACAUGGUCUAAUGAGACUUCUGACAGGCAGCAGGACUCCUCUCCACACACAGCAGAUCAUUUUGAACAGAUUACAUCUGAAGGACUUGAGAGAGAUUCUUAUUUAAAUAAUGGAGAUGACAACAUUUUAGAUACAGGUAAAGAUGUGCUAACUGCUAAGGAUCCCAUAUUGAGUGAACAUACUCACCCUGUUGAGGUGCGUGGAGAUUGUGCUGGUGAUGGACAAAUUGUUUCUCUAGUCACUGAGGACUCUCUUCAUGUGCCAUCAGUUACUGGGUCUUCGCUCAAGAUAUCUACAGAGUCUCAACCUACACCAGCACCAGAUGCAGAAGCUUUGGACUCCUCCUUACUUUCAGAAAAGCAAAAUGAUCAUCAAGAAGUGAUAAGUGAAACGGCUACACAAAAAAUAAGUGUCCACAGCUCUUCAGCCGUUAUCUCUCCAAGCUCAUCUCCCCAGCCUGGAAGCAGCCUGAAAAAGGACCCUUUUUUGAAAGAUCAGAAAGCGUCCCAAAAUGAUUUUGUGCCAAGUGCUACAUCUCCUUUACAAGAAAUCAAGGAGAACACGUCUGCCACCAAGAGCAAGACCUCCGCAGACUCAUCUCCCACUCGCAAUCCCAAAUCUUUAUCACAAUCAACAGCCAGGGAACCAUUCCAGCUCCCUGCCCUAUUCAGUGGUUUACGAGUACUAAAGAAGGGUGCUGUGGGAGAGGAUAGAGAGACCUUGUCUGAGAUUAAGCACAAAGAUGCAGACAGGGCACUGCUGAGCCUGAAACAGCAUGUCAACAAAACCAAAUUUAAACAGCACCAAGCCAGCACCUCCACACCCAAAAAGGGAGCUGAUCCCAAAGAAAGGGCCGAGGCCAAGAACCAAUGGCGGCAUCUGCUCAAUUUUGAUGACACCCGCAAUGAAGGGAGUGUAGAAAAGGCCCCAAAGGAUACCAAAGACGUAAAUACAGAAGAAAAAGAAAAAGGGUUGGCAAAAGAUACAAGUGAAUCGUUUAAGUUUUUGGCAAGUUUUAAGCCACUUAUGAGAGAUACUGGAGAUGUUUCAGUGGACCUAGAGGCUCUCAAGAAGAAAAGAAAAAAUGAAAAAGAGAUACUGAAGUCCAUCUUUGACAAAUCUCCAAGCAGAUCAAUUAGCAUUGACAAGAGUCCUGGAGAAACUGAGCUCACCUCUCCAGGUGACGGUGAGGACAGGACACCUGGAAGACUUGUAGCAGUAUGGCCUCCACCCAAGCCUAAAGAUGAAGAGGAAAAAGUGGGACUCCGUUACACUGAAGCAGAGCACCAGGCUGCUCUUCUGCACCUGAAAAGAGAAUGUAAAGAACAAUUGGAAAAAAUGCACGAUGACUUCGAGCUGCAGGUGUUCCAGCUGCGUGGAGAGCAUGCAGUGACUGUUUCCCAACUACAAGACACUCUAGAUCAAAUUCGCCAGGAACUAGGCUAUCCACGGGACAAGAAAAAAGUGUGUGACGCAUGUGUGUCCACUGAAGAUGACACGUCCCUCAAAACAUAUCGCCAUGUUUGCAUCCAGACUGACCGGGAAACUUUUAUCAAGACACCGGAAAAUGAGAGCGCCAAGCCUGUUCAAAGCCUGCCCCGAAAACUUGACCUUGAUUCCAUCACUCAGAAUCUAGGCGUGGUACCUGGUGCUCCGCCUCCACUACCUCCACCUCUACCUGGCCAAGCAGGUCUCUCACCAGCUUCAGGUCCACCACCACCACCACCGCUACCUGGAUCAGUGCCACCACCCCCUCCACCUCCUUUACCUGGAGCAGGAGGUGUCCCACCUCCACCUCCACCCCUUCCUGGAUUUGGUCCCCCUCCUCCUCCUCCUCUACCUGGUAUGAUUGGAGGGCCACCUCCACCCCCACCUCUACCUGGAGCUGGUCCUCCUCCUCCUCCUCCUCUACCUGGUAUGACUGGAGUUCCGCCUCCACCCCCACCUCUCCCUGGAUUUGGUCCUCCUCCUCCUCCUCCUCCACCCGGUAUGCCUGGAGCUCCGCCUCCACCUCCACCUUUUCCAGGUUGUGGCCCCCCACCUCCUCUGCCCGCCUUUGGGAUGGCAGUGGAAAUAGGCCCACGAAAACCAGCAAUAGAACCAGCAUGUCCCAUGAAGCCACUCUACUGGACGAGGAUUCAGAUUCAAAACAACAAUAACAACACGCUGUGGGGUUCUCUGGAAGAACCAGAUAUUGUUGACACGAAGGAGUUUGAAGAGCUUUUCUCCAAAGCCACGGUGCAGCCAAAGAAGAAGCCUCUUUCCGACACAUAUGAGGACAAGCCCAAAGCCAAGAAGAUAAUCAAGUUAUUAGAUGGAAAACGUUCUCAAGCAGUGGGGAUCCUAAUAUCCAGCCUUCAUCUGGAGAUGAAGGACAUUCAGCAAGCUGUUCUGACUCUGGACAACUCCAUAGUGGAUUUGGAGACGAUUGAAGCUUUAUAUGAAAAUAAAGCUCAGGACGAUGAACUGGAGAAAAUCAAAAAACACUACGAGAAGUCAAAAGAGGAUGAGGUCAAACUUUUGGAUAAGCCUGAACAAUUCCUAUAUGAGCUGUCCCAGAUUCCAGACUUUGCUGGUCGAGCUCACUGCAUCAUAUUCCGAGCAGUGUUUCUGGACUCGAUAUCAUCCAUAAAUGGUAAAGUUGAGAUCAUCUCCAGAGUGAGUAAGAGUCUCUUGGAAAGCGACAGUAUUAAAGAAGUGAUAGGUCUCGUCCUGGCCUUCGGGAACUAUAUGAAUGGCGGGAACAGGAACAGAGGGCAGGCUGAUGGGUUUGGCUUAGAAAUUCUUCCCAAGCUGAAGGAUGUCAAGAGCAGGGACAACCGUAUUAGUCUGGUGGAUUACGUGGUAUCCUACUACCUACGACACAUAGAUAAGGAUGCAGGGACGGAUCAGAGUGUUUUCCCACUGCCCGAGCCUCAGGACUUCUACCUUGCUGCUCAAGUGAAGUUUGAUGACCUCCUAAAAGACAUGCGAAAGCUAAAGCGGGAUCUCACAGUCUGUGAAAAAGAUGUCCAAAGUGUGUGUGCCAACUCCUCAGAAGAACACCUCCAACCAUUUAAAGACAAAAUGGAAACUUUUCUCACCACUGCAAAAGCGAAGUAUGCGUCCGAAGAUGAACGCCUCGGCGCUGCCCAGAAAAGCUUCAAUGAAAUGGUCUCUUACUUAGGGGUCAAGCCAAAAUCCGGAGAGAAGGAUGUUUCACCUGAAUAUGUUUUCUUACUAUGGUUUGAGUUCUGCACUGAUUUCAAGACCGUAUGGAAACGUGAGAGUAUGAACAUCUCCCAGGAAAGGUUAAAAGAAGCUCAGAUGACUGUUCGAAAGAUUACAGCUGAGAAGAAAGUGGAGACAAAAAAGGUUAACGCCAACAGUCUGAAAGAGAGACUGAAGCAGAAGGAGGCGAACGUGUCCUCCAGCUGAAGAUAAAACAAGUCAGAUAUCGAUAAAGCAACAUCUUCACCACCUUCCAGAGGGACAGUUUGCACAGGUCUAUGGCAUUCUAUUCUGUCACAGCGUACUUGUGGCCACCAAAAAAGAUCUAAGAUCUGCGUUUUCCUCUUCUUUGUGGAGGUGAAACUACAACCAAGAGUCGUUUGACUUGUCAGGAAAUGAACCAUCUCCAUCUCCGACAUCUUCAGUGUUGAAUCCAAGCUUCUGUCUCUUGUAAAGGUGCUCCUGGCUGGAAGGGUUCCAUCAUACAGGUUAUAGGAAACAGUUUCAGGAUUUCAGCUAUAUUUUAUGCUUUUAAAAAAGAAAUAUUAAAAGAAAAACAGGGCAUUGAUAAAAUAAACCAAACAACCUUUUAAUAGCCAUGUUGUAAGACUUAGUGAAUUAAAUGUAAACAGAGAGAGAGAGAGAGAUUUGCCUAUUAAGGCUUUUAUAAACUUCAGUAUAAAAGUCAUGAGUUUUUUUUUCCCUUUAUUUAUUUUCUGACAGCAGAUCUCCUCAGUCAGUUAAGACCUCUCUUACGCACCUCAAAUUACCAAUAAAAAAAGAGAAAUAAAGCUCCUGGUUUUAACUGUAUAAAUACAGACUCUGUCUCAUAGGUGUAGGGUUUUCACAGUCACUUGCACUUUCCUGCUAACAGCAGCAGCCCUUUUGCCCCUACCUUUUUACCUGAUGUAUCUGUUUUUACUUCCUUCGCAAUAUCUCAUGCACCUCAGUUGUAGUUUCUAUGCAAUCUCAUUUCUGAACAACAGGGCUUGUUAGAGCAACAGUCUCCAUGUACUAUAUAAUAUAUUUAUUUUCAUAGAAUUUUGCUGAAGCUUAUAUUCUUUAAAUGAUGUGUUGAAAAGUGAACACAUUAGUGAGUCUGCACUGAAGAUGGAUAUAUACAGUAUAUAUUUAUAACUUUUUUUGUGUGUUUUUGUGCCUCGAGUAAAUUCCUUAUCAUUACCAAAUUGCUUAUGAUUUCAUCUUCUUGGCUAGCAAGUAAUAAUAAAUUAAGUGUCUUGGACGAAUGACCGGGUCCCAUGGACAUAAAUGGUCUUUUCCAUACAAAGCUUGCCGUUUGUUCCUAUUUAUCAACUACAAAUAUGUGGUGUGUGUAGCAGCAUUAUGUAAAUGUCAGUAAUCAUGGUCAUCUUCUCUUUACUGUUCUUGUCCUGUCUGUCUUUCUGUUCCCAUUAACUUUCCCCAAUUCAAGUUGUGGUUGUUGCUAAAUUGUCCUUUCAACAGUCUAUUCAUAUGCAUAAAACUGAACUCAGUGACCUUGGGGAAAAUCAGGACAUAACCAGGGUUAGCUCAUGUUUCCCCUCAUUUCACACCAUCCAACAAAGUCGUGCAUUAAAGCUGAAACACACUCUAUUUGUGCCACUCACUUUUUUUUAUAUUGUGUGUUAUUUUAGGGGGAAAUGAUGAGGAAUAGCAAAUGGCCAAUGUUUCUAAUGAAAUGCUGUGAUAUAUUUUUUGAUAUAUUUGUGGCACAUGAAAAACAAAGCAUAUGAGCCCUGAUGUUUACCUCUACAGAGAUUAGAGGGCCUUUUUUUCUUAGAGUUUGGCACGUUUGCAUAAUAAGGUAUAUUUAUCAUUUUUCUAAACAUUCCACAUUACAAACUAAAUAGGAUACAAAAAGUGCUUCUGGUUCACUCGUCGUCUAUACCGCUUUAUCCUGUAUACAGGGUUGUGGGGGCAUAUCCCAAGGGGCACACGGUGGGCAUCACUUUGCAGAGCACACACUCCAUCGCAGGGCACACACUCAUACACACAUACUACAGGGCAAUUUGUGAAUGCCAAUUAGCCUAAUCUGCAUGACUUUGGACCUUGGGAGGAAACCGGGGGAUCUGGAGAAAAUCCACCAAGCAUGUGUAGAACAGGCAAACUCCAUGCACACAGAUCGGAGGCGGGAAUCGAACCCUGGAGGUGCAAUGUGACAGGGAUAACCACAAUGCUGCCAUUUAAGAAAAUGUUCUGUGUUAUUUUCUUUUCAGUUAAAACCAAACUGAUUAUGAGACUUAAAAUCCAGGAACCAUUUGUGAUUCAUAUUAAUAUAAAUACUGCAUCCACGUUCUGUAUAAACAAUAUCCAUCUAAUUUCCAGGCUGGAUAUGUAAAGAUUCCCUGCCCAGAAAGAGACUCAGGUAGAUUUAUUUCACUUUUUUAUUUAUCCAUUAACUCAACAGGCCUACAGUCAAGA